UCCAAUGGGAGACGAUCUCAAUGUCCCGACUUGUGUUCUGAAAGUGAAUAUCCAAUGUUGUGCAACAUGUCCCAAGAAAGUGAAGAAAAAGUUGCAGAAAAUCAAUGAGGUGUAUGAUAUUGACAUGGAUACCAAAAAUGGGCUGGUUUCGGUUCGGGGCAUCAUCGAACCCUCUAUUCUCAUUCAGACAAUAGCAGAAAAGGUUGGCAAAAAAGCAGAGGUUUGCUCCUACGAGAAGAACCCCAAGAUUCAAAGCGACUUGCUAGACCAAGACAAUCGUCGGACCGGUCGUAAAUACGAGGAAAAGAACCAAACAUGUUCUUUUACUGAUGAAUGUAAUGUUCGUGAUGAAGCUAAGGACCCUAUUUCAGAAGGUUCCAAAGGCUCACAUUCUAGGCACCACCCACAACAUGACGUGAGAAAGAAGAAACGAGGCUUUGCUAGUUGGCUUGGCAAGAAGAGUAAUGGAGGAUACGCGAGGCUGCUGACGCCAUCGUCAGCACCGUCGCUACCACCGUCAUCAUAACCAGCUGACAUGUCCUUAUGAUUACUCUGAUGAUACAAUGUUAAUGCUUGCAGUAAAUGAGAUGAUGUUGAAUUGAUUUUUAUUAUCAUGGAAA